AUGCAAGAUAUUCCUCUAAAUUUUAGAGGGGGCCUAUGGGAGUCCAACCAUCCGUGUGUGCCCAUUAUUAAAAGCAGACCAACUUUAACGACACUUCCUUUUUAUAACUUUCUGUUAUGGAUCCUCCUCGGAGUAUUGACGUUCCCUUGUUGCGUCCGCUGUUUGAUAUUCAAAGUGGGGGUGCUUGGACCUUGGAACUGCGAUCCUGUUUACUACAGAGCUCUGCCAGCUGCGGCCGCCAAGCUCGCUGUUAACAGGAUAAACGGAGACCUAAAUCUGGAUCUGGGCCUGAAAAUGGACUACAUCAUCCUUCAUGAACCUUGCGAGACCUCACAAGCCCUCAAUGCGUUCAUCUAUUAUGAGAAGAUGGCGGAUGCGUAUGUGGGUCCCACUAACCCAGGAUACUGUGUUGCAGCUUCUCUACUGGCCAAGAACUGGGAGAAGGCCAUCUUCUCAUAUGGCUGCGUUAAUUACGAGCUGGACCGUGUCAUAGGAUACCCGACCUUUGCAAGGACAGUGCCGUUUCCCUCUGAGGUGUUGUUCAUUGUGUUGAAACACUUCAGGUGGGCCAAUGUUGUGGUGGUCUCAUCUAAUGAGGACAUUUGGAUAGAUACAGCUGGGAGAGUCGCUUCAGCCCUGAGGAAUAAAGGGCUCCCGGUAGGAAUGGUUACACCUAUCGGAAUAAACGAGACAGAGGUCGAGAGCACUCUGAGGAGGAUCCAGGCUGCAGGAGAGAUCAGGGUCAUUAUCAUGUGCAUGCACUCCAUCCUGGUCGGAGGAGAGCAGCAGGCUUCUUUUCUUCUCAAAGCGCAGGAAAUGGGCCUGACUUCAGGGAAGUAUGUGUUUGUGCCCUACGACACCCUCCAGUACAGUGUACCAUACAACAACAUCUCCUACUUCCCUCUGCAAAACAACAGCAGGCUGAGGGAGGCCUAUGAUGCUGUGCUCACCAUCACUGUAGCCUCUGAGCCCUUUUCCUUCAACCAGGCCUUCACCGCUGCCAAGAGGAGUGAGGAGCUGAAUGUAGCUGUGCAGGCAGAAGAGGUACAUCCACUAUUUGGGACCAUCUAUAACAGCAUUUACAUGCUGGCUAAGUCCAUCCACAAUGCCAGAAGAGCAAGUGUGUGGCUGUCAGGCUCAAAUCUGGCCUACUUCACAAAGAACAUAAGCUUCACUGGCUUUAAUCAGAAGAUCCAGGUGGAUAAUGCUGGGGAACUGAAGACCAAUUUUGUCAUCUUGGACGCUGACAUCACAGGGGGGCAGCUGUACCAGACCUACAUGGUGGAUCUAUCAUAUGGAGUGCUUCGCUUUGCUGGGAGGUCUAUUCAUUUUCCAGGAGGAUCUCCUCCUCCGUCUGAUUCCAGCUGCUGGUUUGACAAGACUGCUGUCUGCACAGGAGGUGUGGAGGUCACGUACAUCAUAGUGGUAUUUGCAGUCAUCUUUGUGCUGGCUCUAGGAGGGCUCGCUAUAAGCUUUUAUAUCAGAAGGCGACUGCAACAAAUCCAGCUGGUGAAAGGUCCCAACCGGAUCCUCCUGAGUUUAGAGGAUCUCACUUUUAUCAAUCCUCAGCUUAGCAAAAAGAAAAUCACCUUAGAGGAUCUCAGUGAGUCCAAGAGUGCACUGGAGGAAAAAUCUGUAGACAACUCACACUCUGUCAACAGCAUGCAAAUGGCAACCCAUGAGACCACAAAUGUAGCUGUGUUUGAGGGUGACUGGGUGUGGCUGAAGAAGUUCAAAGAAGGAGAUUUCAAAGAAGUGAAGCAAAGCACAACAAAGAUUUUCACAAAGAUGAAAGACCUGAGAAAUGAGAACGUGAAUCCAUUUCUGGGCUUCUUCGUAGACUGUGCCAUGUUUGCAGUGGUGACGGAGCACUGCUCCCGGGGCAGUCUGACAGACCUACUAAAAAACGAGGAUGUUAAAUUAGACUGGAUGUUCAAGUCCUCACUUUUACUUGACCUCAUCAAGGGUAUGAAAUACCUUCAUCACAGAGAUUUCCCCCAUGGCAGACUAAAAUCUGGUAACUGUGUGGUAGAUGGGCGAUUUGUCCUCAAGAUUACUGACUACGGCUUCAAUGAGCUGCUGGAGUCUCAGAAAGCUUCAAUAGAAGAACAUUCACCUCAAGAUCUGUUUUGGACCGCUCCCGAGUUCUUAAGAGAUCACGUUAACGCCCGCAAAGGCACAUACAAGGGAGAUGUGUACAGCUUUUCCAUCAUCCUACAAGAGGUGGUGGAGGGCCCACCAUACUGCAUGCUGGGUCUUCCACCUGAGGAAAUUAUCCGCAAGGUGAAGAAGCCUCCUCCAAUGUGCCGCCCCACUGUGGCCCCAGACCAGGCUCCUCUGGAGUGUAUCCAGCUGAUGAAGCAGUGCUGGAGUGAACUACCAGAACGUAGACCAACGUUUGAUGAGAUAUUUGACAGGUUCAAGAUAAUCAACAAGGGUAAAAAGACAAACAUUAUUGACUCUAUGCUGAGGAUGCUGGAGCAGUACAGCUCCAACCUGGAGGACCUGAUCAGAGAGAGAACAGAAGAGCUGGAGGUGGAGAAACAGAGAACAGAGAAGCUUCUGUCAGAGAUGCUCCCACCUUCUGUAGCAGAGGCCCUAAAGACUGGUGCCACAGUGGAGCCAGAAUACUUUGACCAGGUCACGAUCUACUUCAGUGACAUUGUAGGUUUCACCACCAUCUCCUCGCUCAGCGAUCCCAUCGAGGUGGUCGACCUUCUCAACGAUCUCUACACUCUGUUCGAUGCCGUGCUCAGUAACCAUGACGUAUACAAGGUGGAGACUAUUGGUGAUGCAUACAUGGUGGCAUCAGGUCUGCCAAAGAGGAACGGCAACAAGCAUGCUGCUGAGAUCGCCAACAUGUCUCUGAAUAUCCUCAGCUCAGUGGGAACUUUCCGUAUGCGGCACAUGCCAGACGUACCUGUCAGGAUACGGAUAGGAAUCCACUCAGGACCUUGUGUUGCUGGUGUGGUGGGUCUGACGAUGCCGCGGUACUGCCUUUUUGGAGACACUGUCAACACUGCCUCACGCAUGGAAUCCACUGGGCUGCCUUAUAGAAUCCAUGUGAAUAUGACCACUGUGAAAAUCCUCCAUUCUCUUAAUGAGGGCUACAAAAUAGACAUUAGAGGCAAGACAGAACUGAAGGGCAAAGGUGUUGAAGAGACAUACUGGCUUGUGGGAAAAACAAACUUCACAAAACCUUUGCCAAAACCGCCAGAGAUCAAACCAGGGACAAACUGGCAGGAGAUGGUGACACAGGAGAUCAGGACCAUUUUUCGCAGGGCCAACAGGCAGGUGGACAAAAACAUUUGAAUGAGAAGAAAGAAUGACAUGCAAGAAGCAGAGCCAGAGGAGCACAAGAGAGGAGGACUUAUCCAGAGGAAGAAAGAGACAGAGAGCUGGGAGGGGCAGGCAGACAAUGCAGAGCACCCCCCAGCCUCUUGCUGUGCUUAAUGCAGACUUGUUUAAGAGGAUUGUCCAUCGACCAGCUAAUCUGCCUGCAGCCAGCACAGCAGAACAUGACAGUGUUAAUGUAAUGAAGGUUGGCACAUUACCUGCCUAUGUACCUGCUGCCAGUAGCACAGGGAAGCUGCACGGCUCCUGAAUGAGGGCUGCACUCACUACUCUCUGCACUAACCGGCCACUGAGUGGUCACCUAUUUCAGGGCAACAGGAGGACGGCCCAUCAGAAGACCGAACACCCAAAAUGCCUAUUUCAAAACGGAACCUGUGGCUGAGGCUGUUACUUCGCUUUGGCUGAAUUUUAUCUGUUAUGUGCACUAAAGUAAAUGCAAAGGCUGCUGUUGUAGAUUAAUAUCAAGAAAAAAAUUUGCACUUCCUGCACAAAGAUAACGGGAAGUAAAUCAAGUUCAUUAAAGCCCUCCAAAAAUC